CCUGCACGCGCGCUCAUCCCGCGGCGGAGCAUCGAAACAGGAAUAAUGUGACGUGCGCGUCCGUGCGCGCCGGUAAGCAGCGUGUUUGCGUCCUGCGCCAGACAGACAGACCGCGCGCGCGCCGCUCAUCAUGGGCUCGUCGUUGUGAAGCUCUCGGAGCCGCUGCAGACGACGACAUCAUGGGCUCCAGAUUGAGCAGGCAGAGCAGCCUGGACGGCGACGGCUUCUCCAGAAAGAGACGCGCGCUGCUGGAGAGCGGCGCGGACGGCGAGCGGGGCGGCCGCUGCCCCGGACACCGGGCCGGGGGAGAGCUUCUGUUCGCGCUGAUGCUGAAAUCGGACAAACUGCCGGGGAUGCUGCGGAGGACCAACCACAGCCCGUACGUGCGGCGCGUGGCGUGGAUCAAAGACAUCCAGAGGCUCCUGCGUGACCGCAGGAUGGAGCAGGCGAGCGACGUGCUCAAACUACUGAGGAAGGAUCUCGGGUUGGAAGGCUCCUCACUCAAUGACAUCUUGUACAAGAACGCCGCCUUCCUCAACCUUGUGGAUCCAAUCUCACACGAGCUGCUGCUCAGUUUGGCUCGGGAGAUGCAAUGCCCAAAAAAGGAUACAGACACCAUCAAGUCUUCUGACAAAAUCUGCCGGCAGCUGAUCUACCACCUGACCCCACACUCCAAGUGGCUGAGGCAGAGCAUGUCCAGACGGAAGUCCCAGGCCUGUCUCAAGACAACCCUGCAGAAGAAGCUGUCCAGUGAUUCUGUGAACCUGUCUGGUAUCCCUCUGUCUACUCGCGAUGUCCGACAGGUCGCCUGUUACCUCCAAAACAACAGAGACAGCGUGGUGGCCGUGGACAUCAGCUUUACUGAACUCCAAGACGAGAACCUGAGGCUCCUUCUGCCCCUGCUGGCCUCACUGCCCAAACUCAGCACUCUGGCUCUCAAUGGUAACCGCCUCACACUGGCUGUGCUCAAAGACCUCACUGAGAUGCUGAAGGACCCCAAGAAGUUCUCGAGCCUGGCUUGGAUAGACCUGGGCAACAACGUUGAUAUUUUCACCAUGCCUCAGCCACUGCUGGUAGCGCUGCGUCGGCGGUGCAGCCUGAAGAGCAGCCUGCCCACCAUCUACGAGUACACCGAGGGCCAGCCCUACUGCUACCAACUAGAGACCUCCAUCGAGGAGCCCAGUCCUUAUGAGGAGGAAGAGGAGGAGGAGGAAGAAGUGGAGGUGGAUGAGGAUGAUGUGGGGAGCAAAUUUGAGCUGGAGCAAUGGGGUUUGGGGGCGAAACAGCUGUCAAAAGACUUCACCCUUCACUACUGUGAGAGAUGAUGCCAUGUUUGACAUAUUGAAAUGUCCUUCCACUGCUCUCUGUUUCCUCUUUUGCCUUCUUGCCUUCACACCUCAAGUCCAGUCACCCUUCGAUUCAUGAAGGAGAUCAGUGACCACAUUGUGAAAUUCUUGUCCCAACAUGGCUCCCAAGCUAUUGUCACCCACCCCUGAGUUAAACACACAAGACGACAGAGACAGUACGGCGCCCAUGGCGGACUUACUCUGUUGGUGGAAGGUGCUCUUGGGAACAAGGUGCGAUUUCAUUGGCAGGAGGGCUGGAAAAGUGGAUAAAGUGUUGAUCUCUGCUGCUCUUUCUCUGUCUCGCUCUUUGAUGGUGGACGCCGAUGACGUAGAUCACUUGGUCAGGUGGAGGAGCAGAUGGUGAAGUUUGGACGACGCGUAUCGCUGUGAGGAGUCAGACUAACUCUGGUGGGUAGCGCCGAGCUCCACACUCUGUGUUCUCUGUUAAGCUCUGAACAAAAGCUGUGACACAAGUUCAACAGACUAUACAGCCAACAACCCGUCACGUGAUGCUGGCAAAACUGCUAAGUCAAGACUUUUUGUGUGUCCCCACUUUCCAUAUGUCCACUUGUGAAUACGCACGCAGCCCGUGUGAACUGAGGGCACAAAACAUGGCUCUGUUGUGCUUCCGUGUGUUAUUUCUGUGCACUUUUAUUGAACAAAGCAGUCUCAUAAGACAGCAGGUCGGACUCAGCAGUGAGCUUUCACUGACUGUUGUCUGUAUUUGCUGAUAUUCU